AUAACGAGCAUCUCUGGUGGCAGAAAGUAGUUGUGUGAUCGACUCUGUACAAUACGUUUCUACAAUUGACUAGGAGCGGAUAGGCAAGGAGAAGUGUUGCCUGUGCGUGUUUGUUGAUUCGUCAUCGGCAUACGAAAGCGCAACAGAAGGACAUAGGAAGGAAGCCGAGAGCGGUAAUAGUGUGUGCGUGCGUGUCUUUGGCAAUGUCGAAGGCGCACCUCUCGUAAUUAUUUAUCACGGUUUCGAGGAAAGAUGCGCCGGUGAAGCUACAUUGCUAUCACGCUGUACGCCGACAAGAUACACUGAUAGUGUACUGAAUGGUCCAUAAUUAAGGACUGCUCGGAUUUGGCUGAUUGAGGAGCCAAAAAAUAUCUAAACUGCAGUAGAGCAGGUCAUGAGUGCUCCUGCCAUAAAGUCAUCAAUGCCUGGUGUAGGGACCCCUACCGCGUCAAGUGGUCACACCAUGUUGCCAAUGAACAUGGUUGCCCAAAAAGUUGUAUCAUCCACUGAUCAAACUUCUAGUGGAAUGAAACCACUACAAGGAACCAAUCUCAACUAUGUAACUCUUCAGCCUCCCAAUCUUUCAACCUCUCAACCUCUCAGUCUCAUCCAAGAACACAGAGCUCCUCCUUACCAAACACAACCUUUUCCCAACAACAUUCCAGCUGAUCAGCAACAGCAAUCGCAAUCUCAACAGCAACAAUCAUCACAACAGCAACAACCACAAAUACCUUCACAAUCAACGCAGCAACAACUACAUAAAGAACCAGAGCCAGUUCAGGAUCCUGCUAAGCUCGUGCAAAAUGGCAUGGAACCAGCUAAAGAUAAACAAGACGGAUUGACAUCAACUGUACCACCUGCAACAUCAGUCCCCAGUGGUGUCGCUGUACCGAGUCAACUAUCAAUUACAACAGUGGCUGUAGUUCCAUCUGCAGCUCCUCCUGCAAGUAAUGUUACGCCAGUUUCUGUGGCUAGCAGUGUUACGAACGCGGUUUCCACUACUCCAGUGACAACUGCUCAACCUGCAGCUGCUGUACCUUCUGCUAUUGCAGCUGCACCAACAGUCUCUCCUGUUAAACCUACCGUAGAGCAACCUAAGGUCAACAGCUCGAUGGUCGAUGGACCUGCUCAAGAACGUCCAGUUGGUGCAACUUCCGAUGUACAAAAACCGAAAGAAGAGCCGAAGUCAGAACCUCAAGCUGCAACGCCGGUAGUGCAAAACAAACCAGAAGAAAAGAAAUCUCCAGCAAAUAGUGGAACAAAAGAGACUCCUACACCAGUGAGUGCUUCUCCACAGAAAGAAUCACAACCUCCAAUACAAUUGAAGGUCGAAGAGCCAGCUGUCAAAACCGAGAUUCUUGCUCAGAAAACACCAACUAAAGUGUCUCCAACUAAAACUAGUGACAGCCCGAAAAAAGCUGAAUCUGAAGAACUGAAAGAUGCUAAGACGCCAGUUUCCACAAGACCUCCCGCUAAAAGGAAAUCUCGCGAGCAAAAAGAGCCGAAGAGUGAAAAUGUUGAAACUCCUGGAAGUUGUAGAUCUAGGCGACAAAGGAUCCAGACAGCGAUGUAUCAAAGUCCGCUUCCCGAAAUGUCCUCUAUCGUUAAAAAUUUAUCGAAACCUUCAUCUAGAAGAGGUACAGGAGGUGCUGACGACAAAUUGAUCGUAUUUUACAAGAAUGAAUUCUUGGCUGUGAGAAACACUGAAGGAAGCUUCUACGUUUGUCAAGCCAUGCAGAAUAUUUAUAAAUCUAGCAAACGUAUACGCAUUCGUUGGCUUUCACAGGAUAAGGAUAAUGGCGAAAUUUACUCACCGGACUUUUAUGAUCACACAGACUUUGACUGUAUUCUAACCAAUCUAAACUUGAACAAAGUUGAGAAAAAUAAGUAUCAAUUAACCAAGUAUGAGCUUCUCCGGACGGAAAACAUUUUGAAACGAGCCAUUGAUGUUGAAGCUGGUGUUUUGGAAAAACCAGCUAUCAUUGAAGACCAUCCUGAUGGAUUGGACCUUUCAUUGUAUAAGGAUGAAGCCCAACUAAAAAAAAGAAAAGGCAAAGGAAAGGGAGGAAAAAGUAAGGCAAAGCGUCCACGCAAAAAGUCCAGCGAAUCUGAAGAAUCUGAAGAUGACGACACAGAUGAGGAGGAUGACGAUAAUGAUUCCUCUGAUGAAUCGGACUCAUCUGAUGAUCAAUCUUCUUCGACAAGGCGAAAUCAAACCAAGAAACGGUCGGGUAGUAAAGUUGCAAUAGCACAAGUCUCCGCUGCACCAAAAGGUCCUAGUAGGGCUGAACGAGCGUUAAAUCGAAGUAAAGGUGUAGUAGCCGGUCCCAGUACUUCUGCCUCGACCAGUGGUAUUGUUCCAAAAAAAGCAGAAUCCAAGAAAACUUCGGAACCGAAAAAGAAGCCACCUCCAAAAGCAUUAGCUAGUACUUCAGGACAAUCUAAAGGAAAAGCUCGACCUGUAUCUGUCGCAGCUGCUCCUUCACCGGCUACACCAUCGACUUCAGGAACAUUAACGACGCAAGAAACGAAGUUAAUAGGCGGACGUCCUAAGCGAACGGCAAGCACGUCAUCGGCAUCCACACCGUCGACAAGUGAAGAAGGUCCAUCACGUAAAAAACAACGCACUCGUACAUAAAGCGAUACUGCGCUCACCCUAAUCACUCGUCAUGCGUACAACAGCGUCUGCAUUGUAAGUAACGUCUAUACGUCGUGCGUGGAUUUGGUAAAUAGAGCAAAAACAAUGAUGCUGAGAAUUAUAGCUAAUACGUUAACAUCCUCUCUUUGAACCUUUGAAAAUUAAUAACUAAGGAACAAAAAGAUGUUUGAUUUGUUGUUGGCACUCGUGUUUUUGAGAUAAAAAUAAUUAACAAAAAAAUGAGUAAUAUUAAUGGCUUUCUAAUAAAAAAAAUGUAAAUAAAAAAAAUAAGGGAGAUUACGUUAACGCGCAUUUAGCACUGAGCGCAUAAAAUCUACUGCGAUCGGGGACUGUAAAUCGAUGCGAAUCAAGUGUGCUCGAAAAAUGUACGAGUAAAUCGACGACAGUAUGGCUUUCUGAGCAAACAGCUGAACAAUCGGCAGGGUGUCGCGCAUCACCGCAUACUUUGGCGAUAGUCUAUUUUUGAUGUUGUAAGUGAAUCGUGUAUGGAUUCGAUUGGGCUUAAGAGCAUACAUUUUUUCUUUCUAUUGGAUAUGAUAAUUACCCAUGUACAAAUAUUAUAUGUAUGUAUCUGUUGGGAAUGUGAGUUAUAUUCUGUAAAACAGAAACGCGUUAACAGCGUUAAAAAGAAUAAAAAAGAGAUGAUUAAUCUGUUUUAAGCAAUCUAACAACUGGAAGUUUGAAGAGCCCUAUAGAUCUAGAAACUCGAUUAUAAGUGAUUGGUACGUACAAAGGCGAUUGACAGCGAAAAAAUUCGAUGAAAAAUGAACAUCGAACUAAUAUUAACGGACUAAGUAUUUGUUUUUAAUGAGUUUUUUCUUUCUUUUUUUUUUUUUUUUUUUUUUUUUUUGAGGCUGAACAAGCAACUUUAUUUUUAGUCCUAGAAAGGAUCUGUAACUUGCGUUUGCAAUCAUCUUUCUUUUUAUUGAUUUUACGAGUAAAUAUUUUUAGUUCAAAGUAAAUUCCAUCUAGGUUGGAAGGAAGUAAAGUUACAAAUGCAAUUUGUAUUUCAGAUUAUCUGCGUUUUACAAGGCGUACUUUUACGCUUGAUCUGGAAAACCCAGGUGAUCUCUGCACUGGUGCCGCGUAUAAUUGAGCCUCUUUUGCAUUAUCUACUUUAGAUAAAGAAACUGCUAGUAGACUCAAAAUAACGAUUGAGUCAUAUGUAUAGAUUUAUUUUAGCUUUGUACUUGUCUACUUUUAUUCGAAAAAGGCAGUGUAUAUUUACCAGAAAAGACAAAAGUUGCACAUUCAUCUGCGUUUCAAAUCUCAAAGUAAUGAUUUGUUAAAUGUAGCCAAUGUUAUAAUUUUAGAAUGUAUUCAUAUCAACAUAAAUAUGAUCUUGUGAAUAAUUUUGAAAAUAAAAUUAACUACAAUGUAUGAUUUGAAUUAAUUCU